CCUUUAGUGUCCAAAGGUUGAGUGGACCAACGCUCACUUCCAACGUACACAAUGUAAUCAUUAGCGAGCUUUCGUUUUGCGACGGGAGAAAUCUAGUACGGUAAUGUGAGCCAAAAAUUUUUCUGCGCAUGCGCGACAUUCUGCAAGUCUCCGUCCUGCUCAUAUAUCUGGAACCGUCGUGAGGGGAAAUAACGUUGGGUCCAAAAUAGAAGGCCGAGCAUUGAGUUAUGCAUAGUUGUGUGCACGCGAGAUGUCAGACACGUGGAAAUCGACAUACAGCAGUGUUAAUGCAGUGCAAGAUGGAAACCAACGAUACGUUACCGGACCAAACAACAACCAGAGCUACAACGGACCCACAACCAGUCAAUGAUGUUCCACCUAGGAAACACAAGAACAUCAGUCGCAUGGUAUGGGACAAUCACAAAGACCUCAUUCUAAUUGGUGAGGUCAUACUGGCAAGGCCCUACCAGGUUAAGAAGGGGACCAUUGAGAGGGGGAAGGCCUGGAAGGCAGUGGCUGAGGCAAUGAAGACUCGUGACUUCAAAGUUGACGGACGAGCAGUUCGCUAUCGGAUGAGCCAUCUCAUGGAACGAGUGAAGGACAAAAAUAGGGUAGAAAGGGCAACUAGUGGAUUAGCAGUUGAAGAGACAGAUGAGGAAAAGAGGAUAAGGGAGGGCAUCGAGGACCUCAUACAAGAGGAAGAGGACAUCGAGAUGGCACUAAAUGAGAGAGGAGACGAGGAGAAAAAGAAGGCUUACGGUGCUCAGAUGCGGAAACGUGCCUGUGAAACUUAUGGGGAAACACAGAAAAGGCAUCAUGGUGAAAACAGUACCACGCCAAGGAGGAGGAACAGUGGGAAUGAAACUUUGAGCCUUCUUCAGAAAAAGAUACAGGGAUAUCAACAGUUACACAAGGAGGAGAUGGAGUGCAAGAGAGAGGAGGCAGAAAGAAGGAGGGCAGAAGAGAGAGAAAGGGAGCAGAGAUACUCUCAACAGCAGCAAGUUUUACUACAGCAGCAAAUGAUCCAACAGCAACUACAGCAGCAAAUACUCCAGCAACAACAACAAAUACAACAGCAAAACCAACAGUCGCAAUCCCUCAUGCUGGCACUUCUCAAUUUUGUGAAGAAGGAUUAAAUAUCAUUGAUGCUUUGAAUGCUUAUCACGUCAAUUCUCUUCUCUUUGCAUCAUUUCAUUCUAGUGUACAGCAGAUGGGCUGUUAACUUGUGAGAAAUAUAUUUCAGGGUAAUUUUUCAACAACUAAGGUUUUUUAUGUGUGCUAAAAAGUUGACGUUAUCAAUAGUUAAUAGUUAAAAGUAUGUGUUACAUUUUCUUCUUUCUUAUAUUUCUUAGUGUGUUAGCUUUCAUGUUAAUAAAGAAAUGUACAUGAAGUCAUAUUUUGUUGAGGCACCAAAUAUAUACUUUUUCACAUGCAGCUGAUCUUAGAUGUUUAUAGCAGUCACGUUGCUACUUUGGACCACAUCAGAGUUACAAAGCAAAUUCAAUGAAAUAUCCCUAAAGUUUGGCAAUAUUAUUUUGCCAUCUUUCAGGACAUUGGGUGAACAGUCACCAGUGUUCACUCAUUUUCAGUGUAUUUUUUCUCACAUACCGGUAAAUCUUUUAUGCAAUUGAUAAUUUCCUUGCCUAUGUUGACAGUUUUCCACAAUGGUUUACUUUUCACAAUUUUCUGAUUGAAAGAGUGGAUUCAUGUUAUUUCUAAACUAAUUCACAUACAUGUAUUCACCUUUCAGCUGUGAAGGAUUUGUGUGCUCAUAGAAUUGUUUGAUGGUCACCUUUAUUGAUAAAUCUGAAAUUUACAUUUACUAAAAUCAAAAUUUUAACCUUUAUAAUUUUUUAUGACGUUAGUUGUGCAAUUUUUUAUGCAUGGUUAUAGCAAUUUUCAUGUUCAUGUUUUUCAUUAUACAUUUCUUUUUGCAGGUUUUAUUUAUCUUUUGAAAUUUUUAAAAUGUUAACAUGAGUAAUCACAUNCUUCAUUGACUGUACUUUCUCAUACCUCAUGCUCUUCUAGGUGAUAGCGUACAUGUACUCAUAUUAUCUGAAAUAACUUUGGGCCCUGAUAUUUUGUGUUGAUUUUUAAGAUGUCGAGUAUCUUGGGUAAUAAUUCUUAUAUCUCUCUGCAAACAAACUAAAUUCAAAUCAUGCAGUAAGAGAGACACAUCAAAGCCCAUCGUAAAUUAAACGUGGUUAUUCACAUCAAUUUUAAUGAUUUUGUAAUGCCUUCUGCACUUGUGCAUGUGGAUGUGCUGCCCAAAAUAUAUUAUUACUUUUUCCCAUGAUGCAGUAAUGCAUACAAAAAACCAAUUAUAGUGUAGACAGCUCCAGCAUAUACAUGUAUAUUAAAUGUGAAUUUUAUAGCUCCCCAAAAUACAUUCAAAUGAUUCAAGACUGAGAGAAAAAAAAUUGUGAGGGAAAAACCAGUCCAGAGGUUGUUGAAAAUAUGUUAACAUUUAAUGAGUACCGUUCUUCUAAUCCAUAUGCAAUUCAAGGAUCUGAAAUGUAAUAAACCGCUUGUCUGUUAUUUACAUUCAUAUGUAUUUCAAGUUCCUUUUUCUUAUUUAUCUACCUUGUUGUUUUCCUCGCAAAGUUUCACACCCCACAACUUCAGAGACACAGGUUACUUUUUUCAGUUACAGAUCAAAUCUUAAAUAAGGUGAGAGGCCAUAUUUUGGUAUCAAAUGAAUGCUAUGUUUUUAUACAUACAACAAAAGAGCCAAGAAAGACUGUAUAACAUUUCACCUGUUCUGGCAUGUUGAACAUACUCAUUUGAACAUACAUGUACAUGUAUUCAAACAAAUGAAGGAAAAAUUGUACUGUUGAACAUUCUGUUAAAACUACAUUCACAAACAAAUGGAAUCAAGAAUAAUGAUGGAAAAACCAUCUAC